UUCAAAGUGCUAAAGCUAUAAAUAACAACACGCACCAGCCAUCUUACAUCUAUAUUUGUAGCUCAAUUCCUAUAUAUUUAUACUUAUUUAUUGGAAGUUCUAAAUAAUCAGAAAGCCCUCUACACAAAUAUAAGAAAAGAAAAUGGCAAAUCAACCCCCACCGCGUCCAUGGUUCCGUUUGCCUUCAAUGGUACGUCCAGCACCUGAACCUACUCCAGCUCCAGCCCCUGAGCCACGGCCACCGGCUGCUCGACCUGCAUUUAGGCCUGUUACUCAGCCUCAAGAAUCCAUUGUUGCCCCACCUGUGCCUGCCACUCCUGCUCCACCACCCGCUUCCGUUCAAACAUCCUCUCCGAAACCAGGAGGUGGUGUGGCAUCAGUACCAACUUCUCCAGCUUUAAGGCCAGUUGCUCCUACCUCUUCAUUGCCUAAUUCUCCGACUACGACAACCACAGUGGUUGUUCCCGCCACUAUUUCUACUUCUGUUCCAUCCUCUCCGAAACCUAGAGCUUUAGCUCCUACCUCCUCGCUUCCGCCUUCGCCAGUCCUAAGACCCGCCCCAACUUAUUCUGUACCAACGUCCCCAGCGCCUAAGCCAGUGCCAACUACAUUUUCUGUGCCAACUUCUCCUGUUCCCAAACCUGAACCGAUUAUCUCCUCAGUGCCAACCUCUCCAGUCCCCAAAGCCAUAACUACCACUACAGCUCGUGUUCCUAGCCCUGCACCAGCUCCAACGACCAUCAAGCCAGAGGUACAAACCCCUCCUCGGUCGCCUAAGCUUAAGCCUACUGCUCCGCCUCCUUCUCCUCUAAUCCUACCACCUGCCAAGAUAAAAUCUGAUGCAGAGACAGAAGCUAAGAUCCCAUUGGAGGCAGAGCAAAAGACAGUUCUGGUUCAAAAGACUAUCGAUAAGCCUAAGCCCUGGUUCAACGGCAUUGGCUCAUCAGAGAAAAGUCUUGUAGAUUCUAUCAAGUCCAGCUUUGCUAAUCUUGGGAAGCAAGAAGCGCCAAGAGAUGGCGAAACGAAAGAAAAAGUACACCGCAAGAAGAUUCCUUCGGAGUCUGAAGAUGGAGGAAUGAAGGUCAUAACAAUUGCUGGAGAAAACAAAGGUGCUUAUAUGGAAGUAAUACGUUCUCCUAAUAAGAAACAUGUGUUUGAAGGAAAAUCUUAUCAUGUUGACGACAAGGGACAUACCAAAACCGUUGGAAAUGAAGGGAAAAACUCUAGCAGCAGCAGCAGCAGUGGAGAAGAAGGAAAGCCCAAAAACAAGGACAGAAGCCGCAAAGGAAGGUCAACGAUGUCGGCUCCUAUGAGUGCAUUUAUGAACAGCAAUGUGCAAGGUGUUAACAACUCCAUUGUUUACAAUUCUUCUUACAGUCACCAUGAUCCUGGAAUUCAUCUUGCUGUCUCUAGAACGGCAGCCGGUGGGGGGCUCCAAAUUAAGGAUCGCAGCAAUGGCCAUCAUGGCUAAGAUCUCGUAAAGACAAUAUAAUGAGGUUUUACUUAUAAAAUUUGUGUGUUAUUUUAGGCUACAAUAUUAAUUAUUAUUGUUAUUGGUGAGAAUAAACAUAAAAGUUAGACUGAGUGAAGAUAAUGAAAGGGCAUAUGGACUCUGAUUCCUCAUUGUUACUCCACCUUCAGUGGAUUCCAAUUGAAGAAAUAUUGUCCAUUGUCCUCUUGAGUUACACUUUUACUCGUUUUAUAUAUUGCAUUGCAUAAUGGAAAUGUAAUAAUUCCCGAAUUGCAUCGCACUUAAAUUUAUAAUGUAACAAGUUGAGAUUUCGAAACAAUCUUUCUUUUUUCUUUUUA